GUAUCUGAUGUCCAAAGCAGCUGCAGAUCACCAACUCCCUCUCUGUGUGACAUCACUAGAAAACGCUAGACUGGUGAUGUCACACAUACCACAGAACCCCGCUGCAGAAUGGAGCAGGCCUAUUAAGGGUAAGGGAAGAUGGUACCACCGGAAGCAAGCGGUAAAGGAAUUGCACAGUACAUUGAUACGACUGCUUAACGAAUUGUUACCAUGGGAACCAAAGCUAAUGAAAGCAUUUCAAAGAAACAGGUCUAGAUUGAAGAAGGACUAUGAUGACUUUAAAAGACAUCCAGACCAUGAUAAAUUUACCAGAGAAUUCUGGAGUAAUGAUGAAAGUGAAGUUGAUUCCGGCAAAGAUUCUUUUGCAGUAGUAUGCAGUAAAACUUCAGAGUCUCUAGAACAUGUGGAAGUUCCCAAAAAAGAUUAUCCAGACAAUGAUGAAAUGAAACUGUUGGAGAUGAAUUUACCUGCAGGAAAAAACAGAAUUCUGAAAAAAGAGUCAACUUCUAAAGAAAUACAGAAGACACUGCCCAAAUGCAUUAAACGACAGUCCAAGCGAAGUAAUUGUCUGGAUCAAAGCACUAAUGAGCUUUCACCAAGGAAGAAAACUAAGCUGAGCACUAAUGAAGCUGUUGUCCGGAAUUCAGAAAGUAGCCUGCAGCCGGAUAGUUGUUUGACUGAGCUUAAACAAAUUGAAGGGUCAACUCUAGAAUCAUUUUCCUUGUCAGAUCCUGCAACAUCAGUAUCAAACUUUCUGAAAGGGACCAAACCUAUCCAGGCCUUGCUUGCCAAGAAUAAUGGGAACAAAGUGACCUUAAAAAAUCAACUUUCACAUCCCCCUGGCAUAAAUGAAUCUAAUUCUGAAAAGCCAGUGAUAUCACCCUUGGAAUCAUCACUGAUAAAACCAGCAUUGCCCUGCCACACCAGUGCAAUGACUUCUUUACAAAUGGUAUACAAAAUGCCAAAUGGCCACUGCGUACCAAUAGACCUUCACAGCAGCUCUGUGAAAAUUCAGAUGCAACCUGUGAUUGACCUUAAAACUGGAGAAAAAGUCAUGCAACAAGUACUUAUUUUACCUAAGAAUUUUCUUAUUCAGCAGAAGGAAGGGAAAAUAGUGUCCAAGGACAUUCAGUCACUACAACCAAAAUCAUCUGAGGUGCACUGUACAACUUUAUCAGAAAUAUCAAAUGUCAGUGUUUCCUUAACACCUCAGUCACCUAGUACAAUUUUUAACAAGAAUACUACCCAUGUGUCUCAAGUGACUGGUCCCAUAAACACUACACAGCCAUUGCCUGCUGUAACUUCAGCAGGUAAGUUAUUACCAUCACCAGUUAAGGUGAGCCAAGCUGAUAACCACAGAAUUGAGACUGCAGUUUCAACUGCCACAUUCCCUGUGUCUUUGACUUCACCUGCUCUUCCCACAGCUAACCAGUCUUUGACCACAACAGCAGCAUUAAGUGGGUCUACAAACACUGCUUCUGCCUUUCAUAGUCUUGCAUCACAGCAGACAACUGACUCGUUUGACACUAGGCAAGAACUGAAGACUGUGUGUAUAAGAGAAUCACAAUCUAUUCUGGUCACAACACGAGGUGGAAACACAGGAAUUGUUAAAGUGCGAACAAACCCAGACCAAAUUUCACCUAGCAGCAUAUCUUCUAGUUCAGUUUUCACUUACGCACCUCAAAUUCAGGCCUUUCUUGUGCCAAAAACCACAGCAUUAUCAUGCUCUACUUUUCCGUCUGUAGCAACAACCACAUCUGGUCUACCAUAUAUUGGACAACCAUCUCUUUCUGGAUUUGCCCCCUCAACAGCUGCUUCUGUUAACAUUCCGGCUUUCCCAGCUGAUUUUACCCAGGCAAUGGAUAAAAAUAUCAAAUUCACAUUACAGCAGCCGGCUGUUGGGGUCACUUUGGGUCAGGUAGUAGAGAACUCCUGCUAUAUGUCCUCUCCUUUAUCCUCAAUUUCAUUAACUAGCCAUGUGAUGUCAGCAACUCUGAACAGUCCCAUUAGUGUGACUAGCAUUGGACAAAGUAACUCUGUCUUAACUCCAAAUUCUUCUGUGCUGCAGCAAGGUGAUACUAAAACUAAUCCUGUUCUACAGUCUGAGUCUAAUGCAGCAGCAAAUGGAGAUUUGAUCAGUGGCACUCCAGUCCAGAAACUUACAUUAGUCACAAAUCCACCUAUUUUAUCACCCUGUGGAGCAUCAGGAGUCAGUAUUAUACCGUCUCUGGCAUCCACCGGUGUUAAUGCUCAGAAGUUGGUUUUCAUUAACACACAAAUCGCCAGUGGCCCAUCAACCACCAAGCUGGUUGCAGAGUCACUGAAGCAUAACCUUCCUUCUUCCCUAUGUAAGACCUUUGUUGGUACCACAGAGCAGCCACAGUUGGUUCUGAUCCCAUCUACAGUAGGAGCACCAGUAAGAAUAAAUUCAUCACCAACAAUUGCUCAAGUGAAAGAUGUGAAAAUUGGACUGAAUAUAGGUCAAACCAUUGUAAAUACUUACAGCAAUGCACAACAGGCUCCACCAAUUAAUAUAUUACACUCUGCCGUUUCUAAGGGGGAAGACAAAAAGAGCUUGGGCUUGGCACUGUCUUUGACCAAUAGUAGUGCUUUGGUUCCUACGCCGAGUUUUGUGGGUCGAGGUGCUGUGUCAGUUAAUGAGUCUGUAUGUGCUGCAGCAAAAGUUGAAAAUGUGUUGACAGUAACAACAGCAAAUGCAUGUGUAGAAUCAGUUUCAGUAACAUCAAGUGGGGCUUCUUCUGGGACACAACCUGCUGUCUUGAUUGGUGGAAAUGAUCCCUCAAGAAUGAAGCAGAUUUUGGGUAAUCGACUGUGUACAUCGAAUAUUGGAAAUACUGUGGGUAUAUCAACUGUGAAAACAGAACAUCUUGCUUCAUCUGUGCUGAUUUCAACAACACAACCAACAGUAUCUCCUCAAAACUUAGCAUCUGCUUUGCAGUUUCCAGUCAAUAGCUUGCCUGGAUCUGUAGCCACCCCUCAUGGAGUGUUACAUACAGUUCCUCAGUUGGCAGCAGUUCCUCCUGCAGUGCCAAAAAGCCAGUUGCCCACACUGCUUCAGUUUCAGUCAUCAGGAGUUCUAGCUGCUGUGCCAAGUAAUGCAGCGAUUCACAAACCUCAGAGCGUGUUGCCUCCCCCAUCACCAAAUACAGAUGAAGACAAUGAAGUACAGAAUUCUCGUAGCACCAUGGAAGAACUAGGAACAGAAUCCUUGGUCUCCUGGCUUCUCUUCCAGCAUCCCAUCCAUAAUUAA